AUGUAUCGCCAGUCGUUCGCACCUCCUCCCGCACACUCACCUCCGCUCCACCACCCUGUCCCCCAGCAUGUCUCGACCGUCCCGAUGAUGCGCUCCCCUCCUCCCCCAACAUCUCAACAGCCGCAGUCAGCAGGCUAUGGCAAUCCAUAUCAGCCGGCCCCCGCUCAGGGUGGCAGUGGGACUUAUGCUCCUGGAUUCGGCGGCUUCAUCAACGACCCCACGGCACAGAUGGGGCUUCAUAUGGGCAAGACUGCGAUGGCAGCUGGCCAGGAGUACAUGGAACAGAAUUUCAACCGAUAUGUCUCCAUCCCGGCUUUGAAACACUACUUCAACGUCUCCAAUUCCUACGUGAUCAAUAAACUGGGCCUUGUGCUCUUCCCCUGGCGACACAAGCCCUGGUCUCGCCAGCAGGCACGUCUCACAACCGCCUCCACCGGGCCUGAUGGUCAGAUAUCGCAACAGCAGUAUUCGUCGAUGUUUUUGCCUCCGCGAGAUGAUCUCAACUCACCCGACAUGUACAUCCCUGUGAUGGCGCUCGUCACCUACAUUCUGCUCUCCUCCAUGUUGGCAGGCUUCCGCGGAAACUUUCACCCCGAGCUCCUCGGAGCGACCACUACCACAGCCAUCGCAGUCAUAUUGUUCGAGAUCGUCUGCCUCAAGCUAGCCAUGUACAUCCUUAGCAUCAACAAUGACUCCCAACUGCUCGAUCUCGUGGCCUAUUCUGGCUACAAAUUCGUUGGUAUUAUCAUUACCCUGCUUGCUUCUGAAGUCUUGACGCCCGGACGUGGAACCAGUGGCUGGAUUGGAUGGGUAGUUUUCAUCUACACAUUCCUCGCGAACGCUUUCUUCCUGCUCCGCUCUCUCAAAUACGUUCUUCUCCCCGACUCAACAAGCGACUCGUCCAUGCGCACCGGGUCAAUGCACACCGUGGCCCGCUCCCAGCGCAACCGCCGCACCCAGUUCCUGUUCGUCUACUCCUACGUCAUCCAGUUCAUCUUCAUGUGGGUUCUGAGCCGUGAGGGGCCAGUGACGGGUGUCCUGAGCAGCGGAGCUUCGUCAUGA